AUGGGCCUCCUAACCGGCGUCCGCCUCGCCGCGCGCCGCGCCCUCCGCUCCAGGGCCCUGCGCAACCUCGUCCUCCUCUUCGCCGCCUACACCUUCCUCGACGCCCUCCGCCUGCAGCGGGUCAUCACCUCGGCCCCCACGGCGCGCGAGACCGCGGCCCGCCCGCGCAGGGCCGAGAGGGUGUACGUCGCGGGGAUGCACUACAACAGCGCGGGGCUGAUCAAGGAGCACUGGAACGGGGCGGUGCUGGGGCUCGUCGAGGCGCUGGGGCGCGAGAACGUCUACGUCAGCGUGUACGAGAGCGGCAGCUGGGACGAGAGCAAGAGGUGGCUGCGGGAGCUGGACGAGGAGCUGGGGCGGAGGGGGGUCCGGCGCAACGUCGUGCUGGACGAGAGGACGCACCAGCACGAGGUCGAGGACGUGCCGGCCGAGGGGGAGGCGAGGGAGGGGUGGAUCGUGACGCCGAGGGGCAAGAGGGAGAUGAGGCGGAUCCCGUUCCUCGCGGGGUUGCGGAACCGGACGCUGAGGGACCUGUGGAGGUUGAGCGCGGAAGGGGAGGUUUUUGACAAGGUUUUGUUUUUGAAUGAUGUCGUUUUCAGGGCCGAGGACGUCCUCGCGCUACUGGACACGAACCGCGGACAGUACGCCGCGGCGUGCUCGCUCGACUUCUCGGAGCCGCCGUACUACUACGACACCUUCGCGCUGCGGGACUCGGAGGGGUCGGCGCACCUGAUGCAGACGUGGCCGUACUUCCGCUCGCGGCGCAGCCGGGAGGCGCUCGUGGACAGGUACUCGGACGCGGUCCCCGUGCGGAGCUGCUGGAACGGCAUCGUGGCGAUGGCGGCGGCGCCGUUCCUGACGACGGCCGAGGACCGGCGGCUCCGGUUCCGCGCCGUGGCCGACUCGCUCGCGGAGGAGAAGCACCUCGAGGCGAGCGAGUGCUGCCUGAUCCACGUGGACAACCCGCUCAGCGGGCCGCUGGGGGUCUUCGUGAACCCGAGGGUGCGGGUCGGGUACAACGGGCCGGCGUACGCGUGGGCGCACCCCGAGGACGACGGGAGGAGCUGGGUGGGCGUGUGGGGGGUCAUGAGAGGGGUGUGGGAGGGCAGGCUGAGGCGGUUGUUCUCGACGGACCGGGUCAAGGAGUGGGUUGUGAGGAAGAGGGUGCGGGAGUGGGAGGCGGGCGGGGAGGGGAGGAGGGAGGAGGGGGUCGAUUGUUUGAUCAACGAGGGGCAGGUUCUCGUGUAUAACGGCUGGGCACACGUUUGA